GCUCCUUCUCUCCCCGCCAGCCGGCCCGCGUCCUCCCGAGCCCGGGGUGCCUCUGUGCUGGUUCUGCCAUCCCCACCUGGGGUUUUGCUCCGGCCCUUGGGCCCCCACCCUGCGACCUCCCAGCACCACGGCUUCCCACCUGGUGCCCCCCUACUCCCACGGCCUGGAAAGCGCCCGUUCGACUCCAACUCCCACCUCCCAGGUCCCUGCCCCCGGCAGCGUCCUUGCCCAAUCUUGCCGCCCACCCUCUCUAGGGAAGUCUGCUCCUCGGGUGGCCCCUCCCUAGCUUCUUAGCCCUUUGGUCCAGGCAACUCUACCUCACACCUGCGGACGCCCAAAGAACCCCUCUCCAUCCUCCGCGGGUUGCCGCCCCCUGACCCAGAGGCCCCAUCCCUGUCUUCCCAUCUGCCGCCCUGGGUGUCUCUUACCGCCGACGCCCAGCCAGCCUCUGCUCCUGCUGACUCCUCACCCUGUCUUGCCGCCCACCCUGCCUCGACUUCCAAGACCCCUCUUGGGCCUCACGUCCUUGCCCUCUGCCCCCAUGGUCCUAGCGCAGGGCCCCGUCAACCACAGCACCCCCUACUGGGAGUCGGGGCCACCGUCGCAACCAGGGGGCAGCGGCUGGGUGGCAGCCGCGCUGUGUGUGGUCAUCGCGCUGACGGCGGCUGCCAACUCACUGCUCAUCGUGCUCAUCUGCACGCAGCCCGCGCUGCGCAACACGUCCAACUUCUUCCUGGUGUCCCUCUUCACGUCGGACCUGAUGGUGGGGCUGGUGGUGAUGCCGCCGGCCAUGCUGAACGCACUGUAUGGGCGCUGGGUGCUGGCGCGGGGCCUCUGCCUGCUCUGGGCUGCCUUCGACGUGAUGUGCUGCAGCGCCUCCAUCCUCAACCUCUGCCUCAUCAGCCUGGACCGCUAUCUGCUCAUCCUCUCGCCGCUGCGCUACAAGCUGCGCAUGACGCCCCCGCGCGCCCUGGCCCUGGUCCUGAGCGCCUGGAGCCUGGCCGCGCUCGCCUCCUUCCUGCCCCUGCUGCUGGGCUGGCACGAGCUGGGUCGCGUGCGGGCACCCGCCCCGGGUCAGUGCCGCCUGCUGGCCAGCCUACCCUUCGUCCUUGUGGCAUCUGGCCUCACCUUCUUCCUGCCCUCGGGUGCCAUCUGCUUCACCUACUGCAGGAUCCUGCUGGCAGCCCGCAAGCAGGCCGUGCAGGUGGCCUCCCUCACCACGGCCAUGACCGGCCAGGCCUUGGAGACGCUGCAGGUGCCCAGGACCCCACGCCCAGGAGUGGAGUCAGCUGACAGCAGGCGUCUGGCCACCAAGCACAGCAGGAAGGCCUUGAAGGCCAGCCUGACGCUGGGCAUCCUGCUGGGCAUGUUCUUUGUGACCUGGCUGCCCUUCUUCGUGGCCAACAUAGCCCAGGCCGUGUGCGACUGCGUCUCCCCAGGCCUCUUCGAUGGCCUCACGUGGCUGGGUUACUGUAACAGCACCAUGAACCCCAUCAUCUACCCACUCUUCAUGCGGGACUUCAAGCGGGCCCUGGGUAGGUUCAUGCCAUGUCCCCGCUGCCCCCGGGAGCACCAGGCCAGCCUUGCCUCGCCCUCCAUGCGCACCUCUCACAGCGGCCCACGGCCGGGCCUGAGCCUGCAGCACGUGCUGCCACUGCCCCUGCCUUCGAACUUGGACUUGGACUCGGACUCAGGCACAGGUGGCUCCUCAGGCCCGCAGUUCACAGCCCAGCUGCUGCUGCCUGGAGAGGCCGCCCGGGACCCCCCACUGCCUGCCAAGGCCACUACCGCAGUCAACGUCUUCAACGUGGACCCCGUGGAGCCUGAGCUGCGGCUACAUCCGCGGGGUUCCCCCGUGAACUGACCUGGACUUGGAGUUGGUCUGCAGGGAGCUGGACAGGAUGGGACCAAGUCCUUGAGGCCUUGGAGCAGCUCUUGGCUAAAGCCAGGAGGCUCCAGGUUUCUCAGGAGCCCCUGAGCUCCGGGGGGAUGCCCGGAGCCAGCUCCCCCUGCCCACUGCAGGCCUCCUACUUGGAGGGGUAAUAGCGGGCUUGGACACAGGUCUCUCCAGGACGCCCCACUGCUGAGCCUAACUUGUGGAGGCGUGUAGAGCUUGGAGGGCUCCCGGGAGUGGAGAUGAGGACCUCUUGGUCCAGGCUGGGAUGAAGAGGAUCAGCUCCUUUGCCCGUUCUGUCAGACUGCAUGGGAGGGAUGCCUCUGUCCACAGAGGUGGCUUAGUGCUGGGCCAAAUCCCUUGCCCCUCAAAGGGGGGUCCAUGGGCCACCAGUAUCAGCACCAGAUCCUGGGAAUCUGUUCAAGACGCACGCCUCUGUCCCACCCCAGACCUGCUGAAUCCAGGUGAAUCGCGUGCACAUGACGGUUUGAGAUGCGCUGGCUCAGGGUGAUCUUAACCCUGAGGAUGGUUUGUGAGAAGGUCUUUGGACCAGCCAGCCUCCCAGGAUCUCUCUGGCCGCACAGAAAACAUCUUGGCCUGGGAGUCAGGCAGGCAUAAAUCUGAACCUCUGCUUCAUUACAUAGCAGCCCUAAAACAAAUUUCUUCACCUCUCUGAGCCUGUUAUUCCACGUUCAAAGUGGCUAAUGAUGCCUGCCUCAAAGGGUGUCAUGAGAAUUAGAAUAAUGGGCACAGAAUGCCCAGCACUCAGCAGGUGGUCACUGGGUGGUCCCUGCUUUUAGUUCCUGGCCAUCUGGCUCCCUGGCCUCUGGCUCCCCAGCUCCCUGUUCUAGAUGUCUGCAGCUCCCAUCCUGGCUCCCAGGCUGCUGCAUUGUCUCUCCUGGGGGCAAAGGGGUAGCUGGUGGGUUCUUGCUCAACACCAGGGGUGGGGUUCUCUACCCUAGGCUUCCUUGGGCUUAGAAGGGAACCUGCUGAUGGGGAGACCCAACCCCUCACCCCCCUCCUUCGGACCUCCCCUGGGGUCAGUGAGGGAAGCAGGAGUGGUGGCUAUUGGGUCAGCAGAGGGUAGAGGAGCUAUCCCUGGUGUGGGCCAGUGUGAGCCAGUGCCCUUCGGCAGGCAGGUGGACCCUGGCACUUUUUUUUUUUUUUUUUUUCCUGAGGCAGGACUCUUGGUUCCCUAGUUUACUUGCCGUAGGUUCCUUUCCAGCCUGAGGUUUUUCUUACCCCGCCCCAUCACCCGCCUUCCCCAAGUUCCAUCAACCCAAAUGCCCAGGGGCUCUACUGGCAGCCCUGCGCUCUCCUUGGUGCUGAUUAGACUCCACUCUGACCAGGCCGCUGGCCGUAGAGGGACCACGGUGCUUGGUGGGGCUCCCCGCCUAUGCCUAGGCCCACCCCAGUGGCCUCUCGGUAAACACCAGCUAAGACAGUGACCACCCUGUGGCUUUGGCUUGAUGGGUCAGAGCGGGAAGAGACUCAGUGCGGGUGUCCUGGUUCUUCUAAUCCAGACUCUGUCCUGGAUUUGCUUUGGGACCUCGGUAACAUCACUUCCUCUCCCAGGGCCUCAGUUUUCCAUGGGUGACAUGAGCUGUUUGGAACAGCAGCAGCACGUACUCUGUAAAUAUUUGUUGAGUGAACACACAUACCCCUGAGAACCAUUUUGGCUCCAAUGCUCUAAUUCCCCUGCCUCCGCCACCGCCCCUCCUCACUGCCUCCUCUGGAACUUGUCAAUAUGUCCCCUGCCUGGGCCUUGGUUUCCCCAUUUGCACAAUGGUGGGGGGGGGGAUACUGCCUCUGGCCCUGUCAUUCAGGGACAGUGGGAGGCCCAAAGGGGAAGGUUCCCAUGGGUGCAGAUGCUGUGAUUAAGACCUUGGGCUCUGGAGGCUGACUGACUGGAGUUUGAGACUGAUCAUCUGUGUGAUCUUGAGCAAGUUACCCAACCUCUCUGGGCCUGCAAGUGAAA